AUGACUGACCUACGUCCUCCACCGUGCGGGAAGGCAGGUGACGACGGCCCCACGACUACGACCAUAAGCAACUUUGAUCUCGAAUAUCCAGAAAUUCCUCUGCAUCUUUCACUUGAAUCUUUGCUCGCCCAUUCGUCGUCCUCCGCCAUGCCCGCCUCCGAAUCGAACCCUCCUUCUCUCGAUGACAGCUGGGCCUCUCUUGGAGAUAUCGAGUCGUCCAACGAAGACGAUCUGCAAUCCGAGCACACUGAUGUUGGAUCUCUACUCGAUGUUCAUAGUUCAGACGACAUCCAAAGCGUCACUGAUGACGUCCAUGUUGGCGAGACCCAAUCCAUAGACGACGAGGGUAUUGGAGACACUUCUACAGAAGACCCAGGCCGACGAGUCUCGGCGGAAGAGUUAGCUCAACAAGAUAUCCCUCUGAUUCAUCCGUCUAUCCCAAUCCCUCAAGCGGCACGCCCGGUGAGACUUGGCCAAGGACCUGAGUUGGUUCGGAUUCACAAUACGAUCAGAACCCUGAGCGAAAAUGAGAUUCGAAAACUACCUCCACUAUUUAAAGACGAGGGCGGAUCAAGAAGAUACUCUAGUAUUAUUCGCAUAACGCUCUCAGAAGACGGCUUGGACCCAAAUUCUCUUGAGUACUUCAAAGUCGUCCUGCUUGGAAAGCAUGCGGAGCAGUUCAGACCUGAGAUACAGCGAAAACUUGGAGAUGCCUUGGUCUCACGGCGAGUAAGUCACACCACCACGCCGAGAUCGAUUUCGAGGUUUCACCUAGUCCCAAAUACAUUUGGACCAGGCUCAGAACCAGAAUUCGCCGACCUUGUUGCUAUUGACAAUCAGAUCGAUUUUGACUGCUAUGAUCUGGUUAAACCUGCCGGCACUGCCAGUCAUCGAGUACCAUUGAUAUUGAGCAACAGCCAAACACGAUCCGAGAUUGUUUCGAAAUGGGAUGGUAGUACGUUCGUGGUGACCAAUACUCGCUGGGUCCCGCCCGACCUUGCAGUUAUCUGCGUUCACCUUGAUCAAGAAUACGAGAUGGACGAUGACAGUCUGCGAAUGCUCACAUUUGCCGAGAGACAUGGAAUACCCCACAUUCUUAUCCGAAUGGAUCGAGGUUGGCAUGGUGACUAUGGUAUUGCAGGCAAUCUGGACUCCCUUCAUGAGAGUCUUGAAAGUCGACUCGAGCUGUCGCAAGAUAUCAAACCAUUCCCGAAGCUUCCGGUGGAUAUGGCAGCAUUUUUGAAUCUUGACUCUGCUUUACUCAAUAAACAUAUCGCCUAUGUCAUAUCCACCGUAGAGAAGCCGACUUCUCACGAGCUGAUUGAUUUGGCUUAUCGUGCCGAUCCUCCGUACAAAAAGGAGCCCAGUCCUUGGAUGCAAAUUCCGUUCAACGGUGCUCUCCUUAAAACCUUCUUUAUCACUCUCUGGAUUGUGGGGAUAUACAUUUUCCUUGGUGCUCAUCUCUGGCCUGUGGUAUCCGACUCUCUAUCAGGUGGACCUGGCCGACCAGGGCAGGGAACGACAGCGACGGCGCAAGAACCAUCGGAUUCCACGUCAGGACGGGCAUCUGCCGUACCGAAGUCGUCUCAGGCACAACCACCAAUUCUAUCGUCGCAAGGUCUUGAGUAUGUUUCCGCGAAAGAGGGCCAGAUUGGCCAACAGCUUGUUGAAAUCGCUUCAGUCAGCUCUGUAACAUUACCAUUAGAAGAGGACGCUCUCCAUUUCCAAGUUGGCAUUGCAGGUGAAAAUCAGUUGGUGGUGAAAUUGCCCAAAUUUGCUCUCAAUCGCAAGAAGCGGUCUCAAUUAUCAGUCGUGCUGACGAGAUCGAACCAAACCAUUCCGGCAACCAUACAGGAGCUCUUCGACGGAGUCUUCAGCGUUCAACUCCACCAUCGCGAUACUUAUGGAGACAUCGAGGUAAAUCUAACCAUGACCAAACCUCAACUAAGCGAGACUCUGACUGUGUCGUUCGGAAAUAAAUCGAUCUUUGACUACGCACCGUUAAAGGGAGCCUUAAAUACGGCAAUGGAGCAUCUCCAGGAGAUGGCGGCGUUGAUUUCUGGUGUUUGGCCAUACAAACAAGCUGUCGCUGCCACUCAAGACCACGCCGAUGUCAUUCAUGCGCUCACACAAGGACUGAAAGAAGAUGUUCAGAAGCUCUUGUCUUGGCGUCUUGAAUGGAAGCUGUCAAGCUCCUCUACUGCGUCCAGCCUCCAGUCACGAGUCUCGGGGAAUGCACAAGCUCUGUACUCUUACGUUGUGCUGUUGACAAACGAAGGCUCGACGCAAGGGAGGAAAGUUCUGGCUCACGUGUUGGAUAACAUCUCGAAGGCUCGAUCAGCGAUACGGACUAUGUCAACUCCCACUGAUAUGUCUGCACUCGUGAAACCAAGCCUAAACACCAAAGCGGUUGUUGACAAGCUAGGGGCUGCACAAGUACGGGCACGACAGAUUGUGGCCAACGCGGCAGGUAGAGUAAGAUCACGCCAUGGGGUGCGGUGA